UCCCAGUGUUACCACCCCCGCGAAAAAAAUGAAAAGCUGUUUCUUCUUUCCUUUUCCUCCCACUCCUUCUGGGGCUUGAUAUGGCGUCACACACGAGAUCGGCAAGUUCGAACUUUUCUUUUUGUUUCUCCUCCAAGCGGUGUUCCAUCUGGACUUUCUUUCUUUCUUUUCUUUUCCUGUUGCCUGUUGUGUUCUCCUUUACUUGUACGCUGCUGCGGCUGGGAAAAAGAUCCACCGCGACCACGCUUGUAUCGAUUGGGGGGUUUAACACAGUCGUUUGGAUAUCAAUUGGUUCGCGAAAAAGAUGAAGCGGGACAUUUUUCAUCAAGGGGGGGUGGAGGAGGAAGGAUGGGACUAAACUUGGUGUAGCAAAACUUCAUUUCACCCCCAAUACCGGUACUCAUGUGAGCCCCGGCAUCGCACUCCCCGGCGGUUCGAGAGUGAAUUCUUGGGAGGCCUCCCGUUGUUGGUGAAGGUGUCAGCGGGGGAUACGGGUGCGGGCUGCCGGUUCAACCUUGGGUUGGGGUUCGGUCGGUUGCUCUCCAUCCUGGCCAGGAUGCCGGGUGUAUCAAUUGCAUACUCGUACUCGAGAUAUCCUCAUGGUGUUGCACCCUAACGAGGAAUAUAUUGAGGGUGGAGUGUUGCUUUCCUUUCUCAUUUCUUUCGUUUUCUGGAAAGCUGCCAAAUUUUAAACCCCUAGUAUGAUACAAGCAUGAAGGAACGAAUUUGCCCUAUCACACUGGUAUCAUAUCAUAUAUACAGACGAUUUUAUUAGGAUAGCGGUACGACA